UAGAUCGCAUGUAUGGAACAUGUGAGAUAGACUGGGCAAAAGCCAGUUUCUCUACUAUCUACAAGUCCUACAUUGUGUCCAUUUUUAUCUGUUGUUUCUUCUUACCUGUGACCAUCAUGCUCUUCUCUUAUGUGUCCAUCAUCAACACUGUAAAGUCAAACCACACGCUGAGUGGAAUGACUGACCCAACAGACAGGCAGAGGCGACUAGAGCGAAAUGUCACUAGGAUUUCUAUUGUCAUUUGCACAGCCUUUAUCAUAGCCUGGUCACCAUACGCUGUUAUCUCCAUGUGGUCUGCCUGUGGCUAUCCUGUGCCCAAUCUCACAGGCAUCCUUGCCAGUCUUUUUGCUAAGUCUGCCAGCUUCUACAACCCCCUGAUCUACUUUGGCAUGAGCUCCAAGUUCCGGAAGGACAUUUUCACCUUGUUGGGCUGCACCAAGGAAAUCAAGGACCCAGUGAAGCUCAAGCGCUUCAAAGACCUCAAGCAGAAGCAAGAGCUUUCUCAGAGACGAGAGAAAUAUGCUGCGGAUGUCCAGCCAGUCCCAAGUCCUGAUUCGGGGGUGGGGAGUCCAAGCCAGACCCCACCACUGGAAAACCGAGAAGCAAAUUUUGGUACCUUAGAUUCAACAUCUAAUAAUAACCCUGAUGUUGAAUGUGACAGGCUAUAAGUGCUGUGGCCCUUUAACGGGUGCACACAUUCUGCAUACAGAGAGAAGGGAAACACCUCACUGCUUGGGAGCAGCUCCCGAUUUCCCAUUCCAUCUGGCCCUUAACAUAGGUCUAAUGACAACUCCUCCAAGACCUGCAGUAACUUAAGAUGUAUGUUAAUAACCAGAUAUAAUUCUUAAUUACAUGUAGAUUAUAUAAUACCAUGCCACAAACUGCAGUGGUGGGCAGCCACAGGGAUAUCCUUUUCUUCUGUAGCUACAGUAAAGCACAUGCGAUUUCUCUAUUUAGAAACAUUGUUAGGUGGCAAAAAUCAUUAAUAUUUCAUAUCCGGAUCAUAUUAAUUAGGGAAUUGCAGUUCUAAAAGCAUAUUUUCCCAUCCCUUUUACCUGAAAAUAGUCCCAGCUUUAUCCCAUUGCUCUGGCCCCACAGCGCUGCAUUGACUCAGUGGCUAGAAGGAAACAGCUCCUACCACUAUUGCUGUAAUGCUGCCUGGGGAGCUGGCCACUAGAGGGCAUACAAAAACUAUGUGCUUUCUACAAGAAACUAAUUAAAUGUUACCUCCAUGAUUAUCCCAGACUACUCCAGGGCAGGGAAAUGGGAGUAAGAGUCCUAAAAUCUCACUGCAAAUGAAUGUGCUUGCAGCCAAGUCAGUGAAGGCUAACAGACAAGUUGCUUGUAAUAUUGGCAUCUUCUGGUUUCUUGCUGUACUACAAACAUUAGCUUCACACCUUUCCUUAUUAACCUGCUAAAUUAUAGGAAUCUUUCUUGAUUUCUAUGGUGAACAGAGCAUGAGCAUAACAUUCAGACUUAUAGAAACCAGCCUUAAUUUUGUUCAUGCAUCUCCAAAUUAUUUUUUUGUUUAAUUUGGCUAUUAUAGCAGAGUAAAAAAUAUUGCACAGACAAUGAAACUAGUGAUUAUGUUCUUCUUACAAAAGGCAUAAAUAAAAUAUGGUUUGAAAAACCAUUUAAAAGACCCCACCUUUAUUGAAUCAAAGAAAAUCCCAUUAUAAAUACAAGGGAUACAAAACCAAUAAUUAGGUAGGCUACUGUAUUAAGUUCUAGUUAGAGGCAGUAUUUUAAAAAGCAAACACGGGCUUCUAUCAGUGAGAAGGCUGUUGCAUGCUUUUGGCAAACUCUGCCUAUUUUUUCAGGCAAUUAUAGAAAAUGAAAAUGAGCAGAGACAUGUCUAUGUUUCCCAUUGUUACAGCUACCUCCUAUUCAAAGACUUGCACAAAAAUAACUUAUCUAUCAAUUUGUGAAUGCUUACAGUAAACACAUUCCCUUUGUAACAUUUUAUAUUCACACAUUCAUUGGCAGCUGACUGUUCCACAUUAAAGAAGAAAAAAUAAUUAGCAAACCUCAUUGCAAGUUAUGAAUCUGUGGAAUCUCUCACUGUCCAAAUAUAUUAUAAAAAUAAGUUUAUUUUGUAGAAGUAUGUUUUUCCAUAUGUGUUUCUUGGGAAAAUUACAAAAAAAUAGUCCACCUUAAU